AUGUCUGUAAAGCUUGUGAUAAUGGUAGUAUAUGCUUUAAGCUGGCAUGCAGGGUGUGAAGAUACUGGGUUCACUUACAAUGGCUUCAGGUCAGCAGACCUGAGCCUAGAUGGCUUAGCUGAGGUAACGUCCAACGGCCUUUUGAAGCUUACAAAUUCCACCACGAGAAAGAAAGGGCAUGCCUUUCACCCAAAUCCAAUUAGGUUCAAGAACUCACCAGAUGGUUCAGCUAUCUCCUUCUCCACUACCUUUGUGUUUGCUAUAGCGCCUGAAUACCCUACUUUUGGUGGCCAUGGAUUGGCUUUUGCAAUUGCACCAAAGCGGGGCCUUCCAGGAGGUGUUGCGAGCCAAUACCUUGGCCUUCUUAGUGCCACCAAUAAUGGUAACCUCACAAACCAUCUCUUUGCUGUUGAGUUUGACACCAUAUCCAAUCAAGAGUUUGAUGAUAUUGAUGAUAACCAUGUUGGGAUAAACAUAAACCGAAUGAAGUCUGAAAUAUCAAUGCCAGCAGGUUAUUAUGUUGGCAACAAACCUUUCUCUCAAAACUUGACUCUUAUCAGUGGCCAGCCAAUGCAAGCUUGGGUAGAGUAUAGUGGUUCAAAGAAGCAAAUCAAUGUCAGUUUAGCACCUUUACAUGUAGCCAAACCGAAAAUUCCUCUUUUGUCUUUGUCCUAUGAUCUUACUCCAAUCCUAGAACAAACCAUGUAUCUUGGAUUUUCAUCAGCCACCGGGUAUGGAUUCUCAAUUCACUAUGUUCUGGGGUGGAGCUUCAAGAUACAUGGCAUGGCAGACGAGGGGCUUGAUAUCUCUCUGCUUCCGAGGCUACCUCGACUAGUCCCCAAGAAGAAGUCUAAGCUUUUGACAAUUGGUUUGCCUGUGAUUUUAACAGUUUCUGUUCUAGCAAUGGUUUCUUGUGUAACUUAUUAUAUCAUGGUGAAAAGGAAGUUUGCAGAAGUGCUUGAAGACUGGGAAGCUGAGUAUGUACCUCAGAGGUUCAAGUACAAAGAUUUGUACACUGCCACUAAUGGAUUCAGAGAAGAGAAGCUUUUAGGCACUGGGGGCUUUGGCAGAGUGUAUAGAGGAGUGUUGCCUAACAAGAAAACUGAGAUUGCUGUAAAGAAAGUUUCCCAUGAAUCAAGACAAGGAAUGAAGGCAUUCAUGGCAGAAGUAAUUAGUAUGGGGCAGCUCUGUCAUAGGAAUUUAGUCCCACUUCUAGGUUAUUGCAGGCGUAAAGGAGAGUUGCUCUUGGUUUACGAAUACAUGUCUAAGGGAAGUCUUGACAAGUAUUUGUAUGACGACAAACCAGAAUGUUGUCUCAAUUGGAGCCAAAGAUUUCAAGUGAUCAAAGGAGUAGCAUCAGCACUGUUCUAUCUACAUGAGGAAUGGGAGCAAGUUGUGGUUCACAGAGAUAUAAAAGCUAGUAACGUCUUGCUAGAUAGCGAAUGGAAUGCAAGAUUAGGGGAUUUUGGCUUAGCCAGAUUGUAUGAUCAUGGAACUGACCCUAAAACUACACAUUUAGUCGGAACUCUUGGCUAUCUUGCCCCAGAGCUCAUCAAAACGAGCAAAGCCACAACAAGUACUGACGUUUUCGCUUUUGGAGCAUUCUUGCUUGAAGUUGCAUGUGGCAGAAGGCCGAUUGAGCCAAAAGCAUUAAACGAGGAUCUUGUUUUGGUAGAAUGGGUAUUUUCUUGGUGGAGUAGAGGUGAAAUUUUGCAAGUGAUUGAUCCUAGACUAGGCCCGAAUUAUGUUGCAGAAGAAGUAGAGUUGGUUUUAAAGCUUGGGCUAUUGUGUUCUCUUCUGGAGCCAAAGUCCAGGCCAAGCAUGCGACAAAUUGUUAUGUACUUAGAAGGCUCUAUGGCACCACCAGAAUUAUCAUCAUUAAGUCUUUCCACGGCAGGGCUAUCAGGUGGUGAGAAUGGAGGUUUUGAUGAUUUUGUAGUGCCCCUUUCUUCCUUCGGGGAGAAUACAAGCUCAAAUUGGUCCUCAAUUACAAACUCCAUUUCUUGAGAGGAGGUUGCUGAUUAGAUAAAUGGGCCUGCACAUGUUGAAAUGAGGAUGAAUAUAAGUGCUAUUACGAGGGAAACCUGCAACCACUAUCAGAGAGAGUGUGAACUGGAUAAACUCCACCUUGUAAUUCUAGCCGGCAAAGGAUCACAAGGAGGUAAACCAGUUUAAGUUGUUAUUGACUGGCUCAAACCAAGAAAGCUGAGAUUCAAACUCGUGACUUUAUAGUUACAAGUUUGUAUAUAUCUUUAAACAUCUUGGCUGGGGUAAUCCCUACCACUGCUAUUUUCUCUUUUUGUAUGUAUUGCACUUGUGCUUGAUGACAUAUUAUGUUAGAAUACUGGUUUAAUAGUAAUUAUGGUAUGUUGUUC